AUGUUGACAGAGGUGGGUGUGCACAAACGAUUUCCUGAUGGAUACAUCUAUCCCUACAAUAUCUGGGAUUUCGCCAGGCCGAGCUUCUUCUGCCCACACGACUUGGAGAGAGUAGGUACUCUCGGCGACGGUGGGAAAGUCGUCUGCGGUAUGUCUCAAUACGAGAACAUAUCACCCGGCCCCUCAUCUACGAGUAAUCACGCCCCCGAACUUAUCGUAUAUUCUUUUGGAGUCAGUGAUGACUCCUCCUUCGAGGCUUCACUACUCGAGCGCACCAAUGCCAAGAUCUGGGGUUAUGACUUCAGCGUGGAGUCGUGGUCCGAAGAAAUCAGGGAGGAUCAGUAUGAUCGAGCUUAUUUUAUGAAAGCCGGUAUUGGCAGGUCAGAUGAGAACGCUAACCCGCCAAUGUACACGGUUCAAGACGUCAUGAGGAUGAAUGGCCACUCUUAUGUCGACAUUAUUAAGAUGGAUAUUGAGGGGGCGGAAUUUGACGCGCUAACAUCUCUAAUUGAGUUUAUCCAGAGCGAGGAUAGUCAUGGAAAUAUGCCAUUCGGGCAACUUCUCCUGGAGAUUCAUUUCAUGAGGGACCCUCAAGGGUUUAGCAUUCCCAAAACCCUUCGAUCUUGGGUGGAUUGGUGGGAGUCACUUGAGCAAAUGGGUCUUCGACCAGUGAAUAAUGAAGGUAACUGGAUCGGAGAUGCACAGUUUGGAAGGCCAAGGUUUAUGGAGUAUACCUUCAUCAACGCGGUAGACUAUGAACGGAACAAGCUCUUACCGAGCCAGUGA